CCCGGGACCCCUUUCACCUCUCUGAAAGUAGACCCUAAGUAGCCAGGCGCAUUCCUCUUCAUGAUACAUAAUAUUUCCCUUUGAUACCUCUCUCUUCUAUACCCAAGUAUUAUAGAAUCUCGUUGCUGUUCUUCAUACAACAUACACUCCCCAUCACCAUGGCACCCAGCGCAAUCUCCUCUCCUCCCUCCCCCCAACCAGCUACCGCUACCACCUCCGAUAUCUCCAGCUAUAAGGGGUAUGACCACGUCCACUGGUACGUCGGCAACGCCAAAAUCACCGCCUCAUAUUAUGUCACUCGCAUGGGCUUCAAGCGGGUCGCAUAUCGCGGCCUCGAAACCGGCAGCCGUGCCAUCUGCUCUCACGUUGUCCGCAACGGCGACAUCACCUUCGUCCUGACCUCUCCUCUCCGCUCCCUCGACCAAAUGGAACUCCUCACUCCUGAAGAGCAGAAGCAGCUCCGCGAGAUCCACGAGCACCUCGAACAGCACGGUGACGGCGUCAAGGACGUCUCCUUCGAAGUUGACUCCGUCGACGCAGUAUAUCAAGCAGCCGUGGCCAACGGUGCCAAGAUUGUGUCUGCUCCACGCAGCCUCGAAGAUAAGGACGGGUACGUUCGGGUUGCGACUAUCCAGACGUAUGGAGAGACUACCCACACCCUUCUGGAGCGCAAGUCAUAUUCUGGCGCGUUCCUGCCCGGGUAUCGUGUUGAGGAUGGGCCCGAGGACCCUAUCACCAAGUAUUUGCCCGGUGUAUAUUUGAACCGUGUCGACCACUGCGUCGGUAACCAAGACUGGGAUGAGAUGGACCGUGUCUGCCAAUAUUACGAGAAGGCCCUUGGCUUCCACCGUUUCUGGUCCGUCGACGACAAGGACAUCUGCACCGAAUACUCUGCACUCAAGUCCAUCGUCAUGGCCUCUCCUAACGAAGUCGUCAAGAUGCCCAUCAACGAGCCCGCCGUCGGCAAGAAGAAGUCCCAGAUUGAAGAGUACGUGGACUACUACAACGGCGCCGGUGUGCAGCACAUUGCACUCCUGACCGACGACAUCAUCCGGGACAUCACCAACCUCAAGGCACGCGGAGUCGAAUUUAUCAAGGUCCCCGACACGUAUUAUGAGGACAUCAAGAUCCGUCUCAAGAAGACGGGCUUGGUUCUGCACGAGGACUUUGAGACCAUCCGCAACCUUGACAUUCUCAUCGAUUUCGAUGAGGGCGGGUAUUUGCUCCAGCUUUUCACUAAGCACCUAAUGGACCGCCCAACCGUCUUCAUCGAAAUCAUCCAACGCCACAACUUCAGCGGCUUCGGUGCUGGCAACUUCAAGUCGCUGUUUGAGGCACUUGAGAGGGAACAGGCUCUGCGUGGUAACCUCGUCUGAUUCUUUUUAUUUUUAAUUCUUAGUACAAGAACUGCAAGACAGUUAUUUGAAGGGGAUGGUGUACAAUUCGGCCAGGUUGCCAAGUACAUUGAUUGCUAGUUUUUAUAUUUUUCAUGUUCUUUGGACUUACUAGUACUGUACUGGAUUGAACUGGACUAGUUGAACCCAAACAACAAACAAUACUUCAAGUAAAGAACGAUUCGGGAUACUGUGUAACCAAUCCGUUAU